AAUUGCACAAGUACCAAUGUUUGUUUUUAUUAUAAAAGCAUGUACAUUUUGUUCUUCUUACCAAUUAUACAUCAAACACACACGGCACCUGUUUGUACUAGUCUUCCAUGGCAGCUCAAUUAAGUUUUCACCAUUGUGCAAGAAACUUGUUAUAAAGCUGCAUCAAAUAGUAGAAUACCGAAAAAUUUCAAUUAUAUCUAUGGAUGAUCUGAAUUGGGGUGGCUCAGAAGUUAUGCAAGAGAGGGCGCGAAUCUUGUGGAAUACUCAGCAGCAACAAAACUUUGAAGGAUGCUACAACAUAACAAACUCUCUUACUCAUGAAAUACAAGAGAUGCAUAAUGUUGAAAUUGAUCAUAGUGCAAAUUCAAAUUCUGAAAGAGUGAUGAUGAUUCCAAAUAAAAAUCUGUUACAGCAUGCAACAACCAUGACAGUGAAAUCGAAAGCUGGAUCCAGCUGGGAAGAACCUUUAAUGCAUCAAUCAGAUCAAUCCCUUUUGGUCAAUAGACUUUACAACAUGACAGAUUUCAACUUGGCCCACCAACAACAACAACUCAAUUUUAACAACUCUUUUGAUUGUUUGCUUUCAGAUACUAAUAGCAACACAGACACUUCUAUUGAAAAUGAUGAUGAUGGUGGAAUUUCAAGGUUGUUUUCUGACUGCAGAAAUUUAUGGAGCUUCAGUUAUGUCAAUCCUACAUCCUCAUCCGAUGAUAGUAAUGUUUCAAACUAUGAAGCACCGACACAAACACAGGUAUCAGACAAACCUUCAAUCAGAAGUUUUGGUUUAAAUGGUACAAGUUACGAAGCAUUCGGACAGACACGUGCACCAGACACACAUUCAAUCAGAAGUGUUGGUUCAAAUGGUAUAAGUUAUAAAACACAGAAACAGACACCAGAUACAUCUUUGAUCAGACGCGUUGGGAAGAAAGACAUGAAAUGUCCAUUCAAUGUUGAACUUGACGAAACGGUGUCUCAAAGCUCACCAGAUCAAUACAUCACUCAAAGAAAAGCAAUAAAUUCAAGUACUAUUCAUAAUUCUUCAUCUCUUGAAGGUGGUUUUAGCCUUAUCACUGAUAAGCCACCAACAAACAAGAAACCAAGAUCUGACAAAGCACCUUGUUCAACCAACAUAAAUUUCCAACAACCAAAUUCAUCAUCAUCAUCAUCAAUAUGCUGUUCAUCUUCAACCGAAGAGCCUGAUCGAGAAGCAAUAGCGCAAAUGAAGGAAAUGAUGUAUAGAGCUGCAGCAUUUAGGCCAGUGAAUUUCGGAAUCGACGACAUCGAUGUGAUUGAAAAAAAGCCUAAGAGAAAAAAUGUUAAGAUAUCAAACGAUCCACAAACUGUGGCUGCAAGACAAAGAAGGGAAAAAAUAAGUGAUAGGAUUAGGGCUUUGCAAAAGAUUGUACCUGGUGGAAACAAAAUGGACACUGCUUCAAUGCUUGAUGAGGCUGCAAAUUAUCUCAAGUUUUUAAGGUCACAAAUUAAAGCACUUGAAAGUUUAGGUAACAAAGUUAAUACUAUGGAUUGUAAUCAUCCAUCUAGUAUUGCUUUCUCUUUUAAUCCUUCUUUUUCCAUGCAAAUGAUUCCUAAUCAUUUCAAUUAUGAUGAUCAUCUCUAAUCAUUUCAUUAUUAUUACCAAAGACAAUGAUUAAUGUAUCUGAUAUUCAUUAAUUUUCUAGCCAGAGAAGCAUAAGGAUUCUACUAAUUGUUACAGUAAUGUUUAAUUAUUAUCUUUGUAUUGUAACUUUCUUCAGUAUGAUCAAUUAUCAGUGACUUUGUUUAAAAUUUACAUUAA